AUGCUGGACUUUCUUCCCUAUGACAACUUCAUUUUCACCGAAUGUAGUAAUUUACUGCAUUGUUUUGUAAACAGAAGUCAUUGGGUUCAGGUAAACAUUAAAGAAGGGUUUUCAUUGCCACCGGUGAUAGUAGAUUGGAAGAAGUUUCAUUCUCCAGCAGCAACAUCUUGGAUGCUAGGAUUUGCACGAUGUCUACAACAUUGGCAACAACUUACGCCUAUAUUACCAACGCAUUAUAAAUUAUAA